AUGUGUCCUUCUGGCCGUUUCGGCGAGGAUGUGUCGGGGGCAAAGGAUGUGCGAAACAUGGCGCACUUAUUUACCCCUGACGCGAGCGGGGAGAUGCCGUUGCAGACUAGGGGCUGCGAAAGUCUGUGCGAACUAGAGUCUGGAAUCAACCGAGCCUGUCGGCACGGGGCAGGUGAAAACAAGAAGGAUACUCAUCUGUAG